UCACAAUAAAUAUUAAAAUUCAACUUUUGCACCUAAAUUAGUGUCAAAAUGAAUCCAAACAUGAACGUUCCACAAGGCAUAAUUCAGCAGCAAUCACCACAACAGAAUAUUCCACCACAAAUGCAGCCAAUGGUUCCACCUCAAAUGUCCAACAUAAUGCCAUCCCCAAACCCAGACAACAUAACAAAAGUGAAAUCUCUCGUCGGUCCACUCAAAGAAUCUCUUAAGAAUAUUUUCCAAUCAGCAGCACAACUCCUUAAUCAAGAUAAUUCAGGAAAUGCAAAGCAACCCGAGUCCAACGCCAGAUUCGAUAAACAUCUUGAAGAAUUUUACUCAAUUUGCGACCAAAUUGAGCUUCAUUUAAUCACAGCGAAGAAAUGCACAGAACAGGCUUAUGCCUCACAAGUUUAUCUUCCAGUUCCAGUUGUACCAACGAGAAGUGAAAAUAUGGCACAAGAAAAUGCACUAACUUAUAUGCAGUACUUGGAUCUUGUCAAGACACAAAUUACUUAUGCUAAGGAGAUUCAUGACACGCUGCUGAUGGCUGCACAGAAUAUUUAAUUUUUGGGGAGCGAUGGAGAUUGAAGGUAGUUGUAAAUGAGAUGUUGGAAUCAUAAGAAGAAUGGAGUGAGCUGGAUGCAGCUAUUUGUGGAGAGGAGAUGCCCUCGAGGGUAUUUUAGUGAGGAAUGCGA